GCUAUCGAUAACACAGAGGAAGAGAACGGGAGUUAUCUAGAGAACCAGUGAACUGAACUAAGCGAGUGACGUGUAAAGCCCAAUGGCUGCAGCUGCUGUGGCGCUGAACCACCAUCUGCUCUGCGUCUCAAAUUCAAGAACAUCUUCAUGGUUGCUUCAGAAAACUAGCUUGUUGAGCACUCGAAAGAAGGCUUGUCUCUCUUUAACUUGUUGCUCCUCAUCUUCUUCUACUUCUCAGUCGGCUGAAUCCAAUGCUCGGACUGCUGAAUCCUGUGUCAAUUUGGGCCUCUCCCUCUUCUCCAAAGGACGGGUUAAAGAUGCUUUAGUCCAGUUUGACACAGCUCUUAGUUUAGAUCCCACACCUAUCGAGGCCCAAGCUGCACUCUAUAACAAAGCCUGCUGCCAUGCCUACCGAGGGGAAGGGAAGAAAGCUUCUGAUUGCCUGCGUACUGCUUUAAGAGAAUAUAAUCUAAAAUUUGGCACCAUUUUGAAUGAUCCAGACUUGGCUUCCUUCAGAGUUUUGCCUGAGUUCAAGGAAUUGCAAGAAGAGGCUAGGCUGGGAGGGGAAGAUAUAGGGUACAGUUUUCGUAGAGAUCUCAAACUUAUUAGUGAGGUCCAAGCACCAUUUCGUGGGGUUAGGAGGUUUUUCAAUGUGGCGUUCACAGCGGCUGCAGGAAUUUCAUUGUUCUUUACAAUUCCAAGGCUCAUUCGUGCAAUUAGAGGUAGCGAUGGUGCCCCAGACCUCUGGGAAACAGCUGGAAAUGCUGCCGUUAAUAUUGGUGGCAUCAUUGUUCUCGUGGCCCUAUUUUUGUGGGACAAUAAGAAAGAGGAAGAACAAAUUGCACAGAUAACCAGAGAUGAAACUCUAUCAAGGUUGCCUUUGCGCCUUUCCACUAAACGGGUUGUUGAGCUUGUACAGCUUCGGGACACUGUUAGGCCGGUAAUUUUAGCAGGGAAAAAGGAGACUGUUUCUCUGGCUAUGCAGAAGGCAGAGAGGUUUCGAACUGAGCUCCUUAGGCGAGGUGUUCUCUUAGUUCCUGUUUUCUGGGGUGAAAGUAGAGAACCAGAAGUGCAGAAGAAAGGAUUUGGUGUUCCUGUGAAGGCAGCUGCUGCUCUUCCUUCUAUUGGGGAAGAUUUUGAGAAGCGAACUCAAUCUGUAGUUUCAAAAUCAAAAUUGAAAUCCGAAAUUCGCUUUAAAGCAGAGGUUGUAUCACCAAUUGAAUGGGAAAGGUGGAUAAGGGAUCAGCAGAAGUCUGAAGGAGUUACUCCGGGUGAGGAUGUCUACAUAAUACUGCGCCUCGAUGGUCGAGUUCGAAGAUCAGGGAAAGGCAUGCCUGACUGGCAACAAAUUGUGACGGAGCUGCCACCAAUGGAAGCUUUGUUAAGUAAGCUAGAAAAAUAGAAAUUCCUGGCCCUGCAAACACUUCUUGAAAGAUUUUUUUUUCCUCUUGUAAUUAUUGUUAUUAUAUAUUUUUAUACCAUCCAUGGUGAUUGCUCAUCAUGCCAUCUCUGUCAUACAAGUGACUUUUUAUUAGAAAAGCUUAUUCUCUUGGUCCUUGGAGCUGCUCA